UCUCCUCUCCCUCGGCUCUCUCCUCCGUCUCCCACCAGGGGAGCCCUUAGCGCCACAACCACCAUCGCUCUUGCUCUCUCUCUCUCUGUCUCUCUCUGUCUCUCUGCCCGUGGUGUCACAAUGUCGUCUGCGUGGAGCGGCUUCUCAGAGGAGGACCUGAGGCGAAUGAAGGGGCAGAGCGACACUCCAGCCGGACGCGACACCAACCGCAGCCGGCGGCACCUCCAGAAGGAUGGGCGCAGUGUGCGGCGAGGCGGGCAGACGGCUCGCCCAGAAGGGACCAGGCUCGGAGGGGAGGCUCGCGGCCCAGCACCUGAUCCGGAGCUCGCGGGAGCCAUGCUCGCACCCACGCGAGCACGCCCGGCUUCGACGCUGCACGAGGCUGCGAGCAAUGCCACACCGGUGGUUGCGACGAGGGCGCGUGAAAAGGAGGUGGUGACGGAGAAACUUGGUGAACCUCCUACCAAGGCCCAGCCCCGGGCGAGUGUGGAGACGACGCAAUGUGGGGGGAAACAAGUAGAGGUUAAGGAGCUAGAUAAGGAUGAGGUGGAGAGGAGGGAGCUCACGAAGUUGGAGAUGAUGCAACAGGAACAACAGCACAUGGAGGAGGAGAACAAGCGCAAGCGCAAUAUGCUGGCUUAUGCCAUCGCAGAGAGCGCUAAGCGCACGCAGGCCGAGUCGGCGAGGAUCUCCAGCGUCCGCAAGGAGCUCAACGAGCUGGACGGAGCGCUGAGCGGGGAUGUUGCGCUGCUGCGCAGCAAGAUCGAGGAGGCCUGCAUGGCGUACCACCACGCGCGCAAGCGCUACGAACGCGCGGAAGCGGAGUUCGUCGCCUCCAAGCUGGAGCUGCACCGGCUGGACGAGCGGCGCGAGCUGCUUGCCGAGCACCUGUGCGUGGUGAUCCGGCAGAGCGAGGCGCGCAAGGCGGAGCGGCUCGAGACACUCUUGAAGGCCCUGCACCUCGACAGCUCCGCGCCCCCGCCGGCCCUCGCAACGGCAGCGUUAGCGGACGCAGCGAAGGGGGUCAGGGGGGAGGGGGCAAAGGGGAUGGCGGCGGUGGCAGCCGAGUCGGCGACGGGCGAGGGGACGGUGGCGUCGGACGCGGAACUGGUCGCAGCCAAGGCGGAACGUGAGGCUGCGACAACCGGUGAGGCUGCGACAACCGGGGAGGCGGUGAAGGCGGCUGUGCCGACGGCCGGCGCAGGGGACUCGUCUGUUGACGUUGCCGUGGUCGCGUCGUCAAGCAGUUUGGUGGAGGGCGCAAGGCCACGGUCCGAAGUUACGGAGGUGAAGCAGCAAAUUGUCAAUGACAAUGGAGCAUCAACCACGGCGGUGUGAUGGGUGCAAGAGACCAAUGUUAACGCAACCCCGAGGUGUCUUAUAAAUGAAAGAGCAGCGCUCGAGUUAAGUGGACACGCUUUGGUGACUACAUUGGUGAAUUGAGAUCAUAAAUAGGGGGGAGAUAGCUUCGUAGUUGUCUUGAUUCGAUGCCAUUCAGCCUCCACACUCACGACUCGAAUGGUGUAAGGAUUGCAGUUAGGUUAUGUAUUGUAGACUUCAUUGUACUGGUGAGUGUUAGGGUGAAUCUUCGGGUAGUUUAAAUGAAGAACUCAACCAAUAAAGAAUAGUUAUUGUAUUACAUCUUCAAGACAAUGUCAAUUCACAGCAAUGUGGCAUGCAGUAUGCUUUGGAACAGGCAAAGCUAUUUGCACAUCAUAUAUUUAAAAAUCUACUUUCACUUUUUAAAUCCACGGGGACAAAUUGUUGUUUUUGUUUACAUUCAAAUAUAUAUAUUCUUAAAUACAUUUAUAUGACUUGCCAUCACCACCAAAUCCACCGCUGGUUGGCCCAGCCUCUACUCACCCCGCGGCUUUUCUUCACCUCCGCUCUGCUCCUUCCUCCCCCUCUUCAGUCUGUCGCUGCCACCGCACGCUCUCUUGGCCCUUUCUACCUCAUCAGCCCCAUGGCCUCCGUCCUCUGAUCGCUGUGCUCUCAAUCCCAUCAGCCCAGUACUCGGCCCCAUCUGCUUCAUGCUGUUAUCCCAAUAGCAUCAUUGGCUUCAUACUUUUGACCAUCUGCCUCAUGCACUUAGGUCUUGUGCACCCCAUGUCUUUGAGUCCCAUCAGCUCCAUACUCAAACGUAUUAUACUGGUAGGAACCUCCUGGUUACACCAGCCCACAGGGGAUUAUUCCGU